GCGAGCGGAGGUGAGCUCGGCAUUUGUCUCCUCGCUGUCGCACACGCGAGCGGCGCGCUGCCGAGGUGAGAUCGCAGAACCGCGCUUCUUCUCGGUGGGAGCCGUUCGUCCACUAGCGGGCUGCACGGAACGCCGUCACGCCGCAUCGUUAUUGGGAUUUACCGUUUGCGGAUUGGCAGAAGCGCUUACUUGCACUUCCUUUUUUUUUUCCUUUUACUUUUUUUUUAUUGCGAUUGUGGAUUAUUUCUUUUUCUGAAUUCACCAAGAGUGGACACACACACACACAAACACACAGGGUGUAUGACCUGGCCACCAGGAGUCAGUAUUGUAAGAUUAAUCAGACAAACGACGACGCGUUCCUGAGGAUAAAGAAUAUUCCCCUUAAACUUCAACUGGGAGUGGAAUUAAACACCGUGAACAGGAUAAGAGGAGAAGACCAAUGGCAGCGGCCAGAUGCUGGUCAGCGGCCGUUUUCCUGGCGGCGUUUGGGGCCCUUUACGUGGACGGGAGGCCCCACGACGACGAGGGAUCGGAGUGGUCGCGGCUUUAUCGGCCCGUCUUGAGAUUCCGACAUAAGGAUGGAAUCCCCGCGAGCUUGAAGAUGAAGGAUUUGACGGUCCACCGUGCCGAUCCGCAUCCGUGCCAGCAGAAGUACUGCGGCCUGGGCCGCCGCUGCACCGUCAACCUGCAGACGGGCCAAGGGGAGUGUAACUGCUCGGAUCGGUGCAAACCUCACCACAAGCCCGUGUGUGGCUCGGACGGGAAACUUUACCCCAACCACUGCGAGCUGCAUCGCGCUUCCUGCUUGGAACAGCGCAGGAUUACCAUCGUCCACGGCGAGGAGUGUUUUUACAAAGGUGAUAGCUGCAGACUGAGCGACUAUCGGCGUCUCAAGGGCAAGAUCUUGGAGGCCCACGACAAAAGGCACGCCUUGACAAAGGCGUCGCGUGGGGGCCAUGAAUACAACAUGGCCGCCAGGAAGCAGCUGGUCGACGCCAUGUUCAGAGGUUUCGACCUGGACGGCAGUGAGCAGAUAUCAGUGGACGAAAUUUCACAGAUGAUCAAGCGCCAGGGUCUGUUCAAGGACUCCAGCAAGUGUACCUUGUUGGAUCUGUUAAAGUACAACGACGUCGACAAUGACCAGCGCCUGACCAGGGAAGAAUUCUACACCGCCUUCGACGUGUACCAGCUGGACCUCCCGGAGCGCCAGAGGGUGACGGUGAAGAAGGUGACGGUGGGCCAGAGCGCCGUGCUGACGUGCGCCAUCACGGGCCAGCGCCGCCCGCCCAUCCUGUGGAAGAGGAACAAGCAGUAUCUCAGUGCCUUGAACCUGGAGGACAUCAACGACUUCGGCGACGACGGCUCCUUGUAUUUCACCAAGCUGACCACCGCCCACACGGGCAAUUACACCUGCCACGCCGACGGCUACGAGAGACUCUUCCAGACGCACGUUCUCCACGUGGACGUUCCGCCCGUCAUCCGGGUGUACCCGGAGAGCCAAGCCAGGGAGCCGGGCGUCACCGCCAGCCUACGGUGCCACGCCGAGGGCAUCCCCCGCCCGCAGCUGACCUGGCUCAAGAACGGCAUGGACAUCGCGCCCAAGCUAUCCAAGCAACUCACCCUGCAAGCCAACGGCAGCGAGGUGCACAUCAGCAACGUGCGCUUCGAGGACACCGGCGCUUACACCUGCAUCGCUAAAAACCGGGCGGGCGUGGACGAGGACAUCUCCUCGCUGUUUGUGGAGGACUCCGCGCGCAAAACCCUGGCCAACAUUCUGUGGCGGGAUGAAGGGCUUGGUAUCGGAAACAUGUUCUACGUGUUCUACCAGGACGGCAUUAAAGUCAUCCAGCCGGUGGCAUGCGAGAUUCAGAGGCACAUCAAGCCCAGCGAGAAACUGCUGGCUCUGAAGGAGGAAGUGUGUCCCGCCUCGGAAGACGACGAGGUGCAGAAGUGUGUGUGGUCAGCGGCAGUCAACGUCAGGGACAAAUUUAUAUACGCCGCGCAGCCCACUUUGGACCGUGUGCUCAUCGUGGACGUCCAGUCGCAGAAGGCUGUCCAGACGGUCAGCACCGACCCGUAUCCCGUCAAGCUGCACUACGACAAGUCUCAAGACCAGGUGUGGAUCCUCAGCUGGGGGGACAGGCAGAAGAGCUUCCCCAUGCUGCAGGUGAUCAGCGAGGCAAGCUUGAAGGUGUCCCACCACACGGUGCACACGCAGCCGGUGGGCGGGCGCUUCGACAGGGCAGACGACUUCUUCAUCCCCUCGGCCAGCCUGAUCGCGGACAGCGUAAGAUAUGGCCUCAUCUUUCACGAAAAUGAACCUGUCCUCCACAAGAUCGACUUGGAGACGAUGGCCUACGUGAAGAACAUCAGCCUGCGGGACUUUAACUGUGUCCCCGAGUCAGUGGCCUACACCCAUCUCGGCGGCUACUACUUUGUCAACUGCCGCUCUGACUCCACCGGGGCCACCCAACCUCAGGUCAUCGUGGACAGCGUGACAGAUAGCUUGGUCGGGCAGAAUCGCGACGUCAACGGUAUUCCCCACGUGUCCCCGGACGGCCGCUACCUCGUCACCGUGGACGACGACGACGGCCUUAUGCGAAUCCAGACCGUCUCGGAGCACGGUGAGAUCGGGGAGCCCUUCGACAUCCACACCAACCUACACAUCUCCGACCUGGCCUUCCAGCGCUCCUUCACCGAGGCCCACCAGUACAACGUGUUCGGUAGCUCCGGCAGCCAGACGGACGUGCUGUUCGUCGAGUUGCGCACGGGCAAGGUGAAGAUGAUCAAGAGCUUGAAAGAGGCCAUCGAGCCCUCUGAGUGGCCAUGGAGCGCCAAGAACCGGGCGGUGGUGGGCGGCGGGACAUUUGGCCAGUAUCUCAUGACCCCUUCCCGGGAGUCCCUGUUUAUCCUAGAUGGGCGGCUCAACAAGCUUAACUGCGAGAUCACCGACGUGGUCAAAGGCAACGUGUUGGUCUGGGUCGGGGAAUCUUAGGGACCGGUCGAGUUCUCGGACUGUUUCACCGAAGUUCACUGCAGAAUUUUGAAAAUUUUGUGAGGGAGAAUGUCCCAUAUUUGGAAGAAAAAAAAAAAAUGCUAAUUGACCACGUGGAGCUUCACGAUAUGAGAUCUAAAAGUAAUUUGAGAAAUUAAUAUAAAUCUAUUUAAUGUAUAGAUACCUUUUGAAAAAUUCAGCACAGAUCCUCUUUUAAUUUACCCCAAACUUUUCUCCCGUGCCUUCAAGGAAAAUUAAUGUGAUUUGUUUUUUUCUUCCCCAGGCUCUUCUAUUCAACGCCAUGUCAUCUAUGGCUUGAUCCUGUCUGGUUUUAACGCAUUCCGGUCAGACACUCACGAAUCUUUAAUCCAGAUUUAUAGACAGCAUUUGGUGAAUUUUGAUUUGAUUUUUUUUUCUUUUUUUGUGUCUGGCCCAAAGCAGGAUAAUCAAAAGUCUCUUAAUUCCAGCUUUAUGAGAGGAAUUUAAACAUUAGUUCAAAGAACGGCGCUUGAGGAAGAGUCAAUAGAGCACUGUCAUCUGUAAGAAGGAUUAAAACUUUGGACCAAACAAAAGGGAAGGAAACUAGACUAGGACAUAUCCGAGUGAAAUUAGAGAUUUCGAUGUGCUAGAGUGGGUACUUGUGGUAUAUUGUGUUGAAGACAACGUUGGAUGAUGACAAAAGGACAGCUUUCUAUGCAUUAACAAUUCUAACGACGACUACAUCCGAAAAAAAAAAAAAAAAAUACACCGGACUUCUGGCGUGUAAAUAGUCAACGAAAUGCGCUUUUCCUCUCUCACCACGUCGUGCGUCACCCUCACUUUUGCUGCCACAGUUUUGUUUCUUGAGGUCCUGAGCGGCCGGUUCAGUUGGUUCACUCCGAUUGUCCAGUUAAAAAACACAAAGUGAUGGUCCUUCGCCGAACACAUUUGCGAUUACCGCUUCCCACGUCCACGGUUGUCAUGCCUCGUAUGUGUGUCCCCCCCCCCCUUCCCUCUUGGUGCGGUGGUUAUUUAUACAUAAAUACAAAUAGCGCUUGUCAUUUUACCCAACAAUAAAACCU